AACGAAUACGCCUACGCCACUGGCCGAUGGACGUAACUUUCACUCCAUUCAAAAGUGGCCAAUUGAUAGAGGUGAAAUUUGUAUACCUGGCGAGUUCACGGUCGGCUGACGUGAAAUGACCGUUCACCCGUUCUACCACCUUUGUUUUACGGAGGCUUCUCCUUAUAAGUGUGCAAUGUAUCUCGGUUAAAUUCGGACGGAAUUGGUUGUUAGUGAUAUGCGGUGGCGCUAUAAUUAGUGAUGAAUAAGCAUUUCGGCCAUCUAUUGGGUUACAUCAAAAGAGAAGGGGGCUAGUGUAGCGGAACGCGCGCCAGUUUAAAUUUAUUUCAAUGAUCUCCCUUAUCGGUGAUAACCCAAAGGUCAUCGAGACCACAGAGGCGGUCAUGUUAGGUGCCCCCUUAAGACGAUGUCGACGUGUUGGACCUGUGAUUUUUCUAUGUCUGCUGCUCACCAUCGUGUUUGUUUGGCGAAGAGUGGAGGUGGGCGAGGACAAUAUCGUUGGGAAGCACAUAUUUCGAAAAAAUCAAGAGGAGUACAUUGACAGAAGAGGGGUUCAUGUGGUUGUGGGUCAUUACGUUGGCAACCCCGCCGAUAAAGUUCCAAAUGCGACUCUCGAAAUGAUUAAUGCGAAUAAUUUUGCGCCAGAACCCAACGCAGGCAAAGACGGUUUUCCGGUCGUCAUUGCGCCGAAGGAUAUAAUCAAAAUGAGGCAGUUAUUUCAAAUAAACCGUUUCAAUCUUAUGGCUAGUGAUAGGAUACCCCUAAAUCGUACUUUACCCGACGUCCGAAAAAAGAAAUGUAAAAGUAUGUACCAAGAUUACAAGGAGUAUCCCAAAAGCAGCGUUAUUAUUGUUUAUCACAAUGAGGCUUGGUCUACGUUGCUAAGAACUGUAUGGAGUGUAAUUAACCGGUCACCGAGAGAAAUUAUGGAAGAAAUUAUUUUAGUGGAUGAUGCCAGCGAGAGAGACUUCCUCAAGAAACCACUCGACGACUACGUGAGCACGUUACCGGUUAAAACUCGAAUAAUACGAAAUUCUGAACGCGUUGGUCUGGUGCAAGCGCGCUUGCAAGGCGCACGUGUUGCCAAGGGCUCCGUUUUGGUAUUUCUAGACGCUCACUGUGAAUGCACCAUGGGUUGGUUGGAAAGCAUGGUUUCCAGAAUAAACGACGAUCCCACGACUAUAGCCUGCCCGGUCAUCGAUAUCAUCAACGACGACACAUUUGCCUACGUCAAAAGUUUCGAACUGCACUGGGGCGCCUUCAACUGGCUCCUGCAGUUCCGCUGGUAUACUCUAGCAGGACCGGCUUUGCAAAAACGAGCGAAGGAUAACACGGAACCGUUUGUCACGCCGACCAUGGCCGGCGGAUUAUUCGCGAUCGAUCGACAGUUUUUCUUCAAUUUGGGCGGCUAUGACGAGGGCCUGAGAGUGUGGGGCGGCGAAAAUUUGGAGUUGUCCUUUCGCGCGUGGCAAUGCGGGGGGCGUAUCGAGAUAGUUCCUUGCUCGCACGUCGGGCACUUGUUCAGAAAAUCGUCUCCGUACAGUUUCCCAGGCGGCGUUGGCGAGACUCUCUACUCAAAUUUGGCGCGGGUGGCUUUGGUUUGGAUGGACGAGUGGGGCGAUUUCUACUUUAAAUUUAACAACGAGGCACGCAAAAUCAAAAACAAGCAGGAUGUCAGCAGCCGGCUGCAGUUGCGCUCGAAGCUACACUGUAAAAACUUUAAGUGGUACCUGGACAACGUUUGGCCGCAACACUUUUUUCCCAGCCGAGCUCGCUUUUUCGGCCGAAUUCGAAAUUUGGGCGAAAAUUUGUGCCUGAUCAAACCGUUGGGGAAAGAAACUUCCAAUCAACCUAUGGGAAUUGCCAAACUCAAUCAGUGCUUGAAGGAAGAGUUGCUCAUCGAGAUGUUCGUCAUGACGAGAGAAGGAUUUAUUAUGACCGACGACUCGGUCUGUCUGGAUGCGCCCGAAAAGCAAGUCAUCGGUCCCAUGAAGGUUAGAAUAAUGGCCUGUAGCGGGUAUAGCAGGCAGAAGUGGAAGUACAACAAGAAUACAAAGCAAUUGGUGCACGUAUCCAAUAAACUGUGCCUAGAUGUUCCGUCGUCCAGAAAAUAUGAAGACGGCCUUGUGUUAAAUUCUUGCAAUGGGAGCUCAACGCAAAAAUGGGAGCUGGAAUCCGUGGUGUGGCAUUAGUAAUGAAAUGGUGAUUAAUAACUCAAAAAACCAGGAUUUGAGUGAUUCUGCUAUUAUUGCUGGGUGCAAAAACUCAUCGUCCUUCGUUUUCCUAAACUAGAGUGUCGCGUCUGCCGCGUACAUGAAACAUGUACGAACAUUUUAAUUGAAUUUUACCGUCUAUAAAAAUAAUAACGCGUGUAAAAAAUUAAUCAUCAAGGUCCUGUAAUUUAUUUAACAUUUAAUAAACACCUUAAAGACAAAGAAAUGUAUACAUCUGUUGUGUAAUGUGCAUUACUGUUAUUAAUUAAAAUUGAUUUAAAUGGA